UGUGAGCUACUGCACUGCACUACGAGGAAAGAGGCAGAAGAUUGCGGGGUCGCUUUUUAUUUCUCCUAAAGUUUACUGUGUCCAAAAUGCCGAAACAUUUCUUAGACACGAAGGCUGUUUGCCCGAGCGAGUAUAGUGUACCCAGAUUUCCCUGAGGACUGGUAUCCAAGACCCAGACUAAGACAAACAAGACCUAAAAGGGAUUUUCAGUGGUGUGUCAGUAUCGACUCUUCGGUUUACUCCAGGCUUACCAGCCUAUAUUGGUUUAACAUUCAAUCGUAUCCUUAAAAUGCGUAUGAGUAAGAUAUUCUCAGAGCUGUUGCAGCGUGCUGGUGACCUAGCGAGAGCACCUGUUAGCUGUGCAGCAGUUAACUGCAGUUCAGGUUCUGCAACCAGUACUGAAAAGAAAAGAAGAGUAAAGCAGCACAGAUCUCCAGGUUGGGAGACUCUGUCCUGGGAGGAAAGGUUAGCUGAUAUUGUGACUCCUCUGUGGAGACUGGGGUAUGAGGAGCAGCUCCAGUGGAAACAGGAACAGCAGCUCAAAAUCUUGCUUCAGAUGUCAAAUGUGGUGGGCACAUGCAAUAAGGGGGAGCUUACUUUUCCUCUACUGCCCAUAGUCCCCUCUCCAGUGAGGGAUGGAUACCGCAAUAAAUCAACAUUCUCCGUCAACAGAGGAGUCGAUGGAAAUCCAAAGACUGUAGGGCUUUACAUAGGCACUGGGAAAGGUCGGAACAUUGUCUGUGUUCAUGGUGACCAUCUGCUUAACAUGCCAUCAAAUCACAAAUUGGUUGGAAGGUGUUAUGAAGAUUUUAUACGUGCCUCACCACUGAAGCCGUGCAUUCUGUUUCAUGAUGGGGGGCACUGGAGAGAAAUUACAGUGAGAACAAACUCUGCUGGUAGCACUAUGGCUAUAGUGUACUUCCAUCCACAAAACCUGACGUCUGAAGAGUUGAGUGUCCAUAAAGCAGCUGUAGUAGAGUACUUCACAAAAGGUCCUGGGGCCGUUUGCCAGCUGGACUCUCUUUAUUUCCAGGAAAGUACCAUGACCCGAUGUAGUCACAAAGAGUCUCCAUACCAGCUUCUGCAUGGGGUACCUCAUAUCUACGAGGAGAUCCUUGGCUUCAAGUUCCGCAUCUCUGCAGAUUCCUUCUUUCAGGUGAACAGAGGUGCAGCUGAGGCCCUGUAUAAUACUGUAGCAGAGCUGAACAAGGCCUGUGGGAAUGGAACUCUCUUGGAUGUGUGCUGUGGUACAGGAGCUAUUGGUAUUUCAUUAUCCUCAAGAAUGAAGAAGGUCAUUGGGGUUGAGCUCAUUGAGCAGGCUGUGGAGGAUGCGAAACAUAAUGCAGCACUAAAUGGCAUUGAGAACUGUGAGUUUCUCUCUGGAAAAGCAGAGGUUAUUCUUCCAAAACUGAUACCCACUUUGUGCUCUGAUGGGGGGCUCACAGCUAUUGUGAAUCCUUCUAGGGCAGGCCUGCAUUAUAGAGUGAUCCGUGCCCUGCGGAACCACUCAGAUAUACAGAGACUUAUCUACAUAUCCUGCAAACCAGAAGGAGAAGCAAUGAGGAACUUCAGGGAGCUUUGUGGGAAAUCAGAUUGGCAGAAGAAGAUCACUGGAGAGGCCUUUACACCAACUAUAGCUGUCCCAGUGGACAUGUUUCCACACACACCUCACUGUGAAUUGGUGCUUGUCUUUGAACGAUAACCAAAAACCUCAUCCCUGAUCAGGAAAAAAUAAAUCAUGUUUUAGAGUAGAAUUCCUAAUGAAUAUUGACAUACAUAUUAACCAAGGACUGGAAGUGUUGCUGGUACUUUUAAAGAAUUUUGCAGUUUAACAUGUUUAGAAGAGACUAUGGUUUAUCGCUUCAUGUUUUAUUUGCUAAUGUCAUUUCCUGUAUUUUUAUGACAAUCUCACACAAUUUAUUGUGUAAUACAUUUAAUUACAAGCAUAUUUCAAAGGAAGCCAACACUGUAAAGUUGUUUAUAGUGGUCAAGUUUCAUUGUCGCUGCAUAAAACCUGUUUCUUUAGUCCAGAAUGCUGAUCCCAUGUGUUUCUCAUUUGGUUUAAUAAUGCACAUGCAUGUUCAGCAUAACCAUUACACAUAGU